UUUUUCUAUUAUCUUCCCUCCAACUUUUUCACCCUCUCCAACUUUUAUCUUUUUCCCUCGCUGGCUGCCCAAAUUAACACAUCACACCCUCCCUCUCUCUCUCUCUUCUCUCUUUGACCUAAUAAUAACUACUUUACUCGUCUGUGUUUCUGUUUGCCUCUCUUCAAUCUUCAUCCAAAACAAAGACACCCUCGAGAAUCCCAAAGAAGAUGAGGCCGGCGGCAAACGUAGCAGCGCAGUUGGGAGAUACGACGCAGACGAAGGUGUUUGUCGGUGGGCUGGCAUGGGAGACUCAUAAGGACACCAUGAGCAACUACUUUCAACAGUUUGGUGAGAUCCUCGAGGCCGUUGUCAUCACCGACAAGGCCACCGGAAGAUCUAAAGGCUAUGGCUUUGUAACUUUCCGGGAUGCAGAUGCAGCUAUGAGAGCUUGCAUUGAUCCUACUCCAGUGAUUGAUGGGAGGAGGGCUAAUUGCAAUCUUGCUUCCCUGGGUGUUCAAAGAUCGAAGCCUUCUACUCCCAAGAAUGGAGGAGGGAGGAACAUAAGGGUGAUAGGAGGUUUUCAUCAUCAGACGGCAAUUGGAACAGCUUUUACUUCAGCUGCAACCUUCCCCCACUACUCCAUUCAACAAGGCAUUCCUUACAAUCUUUAUGGAGCUACUAUGGGUUGUAUGGAGGAACAGGCACACAAUAUCAGUUGUAUGGAUCUGGGAACAAUGGACUUGUCACAGGCGGUUCUGCAUCCGCUUAUUACAACCCCUAUCUCAGCUUCAAUGAGGGGACGGUUGGAGGAGCAGCAGGCUACUCCUCAGCCGGACAGGGUGGCAGCGGUGGUGCCUAUGGUGUUCACUAUCCCCACCAACACCAACACCAACACCAACACCUCUUCCAGUAUUCACCAAUCAACUCAACUGCCAUUUUUCCCUCACAUUAUGGCACCCCUGUUUCUCUUGCCCCCCCAAAUCCUCUUCAAUCAGGAAAGGUUCCUACAUGAGAAUGGAAUUUGCAUGAGCAUUUUGCAUCUCAACUCGGGCCUUACUUUCAAAGGCCAAGUUGGUCCAUCUUAUUUGUCCUUGUUCUUCAGCACUGGAAAGGCUAAGCAAGACAAAAAGAAAUCAUUUUGA